AUUGUCCCUUGACACAAGUGUGGCAGCACCCGGUGUUACUAACUGUUCUUCAUUUUGAGCAGCCCUUUUGCUUUGGAAUUAAAGACCUUCAGACUGGGGAUUAUUGGGCACAUGGUUUUCUGUUCUGCUGUUUUCUUUGUUUGAUUCUUUUUUCUACAUUUUACUCAUUGCUGUAAACUUUGUACCCCCAGAACUUUUGUUUUAGGGAGUGCUUGAACUACUAAGCUGAAAGGGCCACUUUGUCAAAUUUGUAGUAUUAUAAAAUGUAUUCUAAUGAGAUUGAGAACUGCAGCACUAUAUUUUCUUUUUUUCAUGUUUUUGUUAUUUGGUAGGAUAGGAAUUAACACUGCCACUAAGAAAAAGCUUUCCAUCUUUUUUGUGUAUAAAGUGUUCUUAAAUUACCUCCUAUGCCCUGAGUGUCUGCAGUGGGGCUUAGUUGGAACUCUACCACCAUUAUUGGUAUCUAUAGAUGUACUUUGAGAAACAAAGAGAAAUAAAAAAGUUACCAUUUUUUAAAUUUUUUUUUAAAACGUUUAUUUAACAGAGAGAGACACAGCGAGAGAGAGAACACAGCAGGGGGAGUGGGAGAGGGAGAAGGAGGCUUCCUGCUGAGCAGGGAGCCUGAUGCAGGGCUUGAUCCCAGGACCCUGGGAUCAUGACCUGAGCUGAAGGCAGACACUUAACAAAGUCCCACCCAGGCGCCCCGAAAAGUUAUCAUUUAGGGUCAUGGGAUGUUUAUGGGCGGCAGGACCCUUUGAGAUUAUUUUGUUUAACUUGUUCUUUUUACAUGUGAAAAACAAGCCCAGGAAAGUUAAGUGACACAUUCAAGGCCAUAACAGCCAGCAGGAUAGGGACCCUGGUCUCUCAAUUCGGAGACUAGCAACUAGAUUGCUUCCCAGCACCGCUGUUGGAUUUGACAUAGAAAGGUUUUGAGAUGAUUGUUCUCAAUUCAAAAGAAUUUCUUCUUUUAUUGGGAUAACUUUACUGCAUACUCCGUACAAAUAUGGGUCUUUUUUCAGGGAUAAGUCCAUUUCCUAAACAAUCUAAUUCUCAUUUGUGUCAUGGUAAAGAUGACAAGCCAGUAGCAGUUGUAAGAGUUGUUUGUGAAUCUAUGAUUUAUUUUUUGCUUAUACCUCAAACUAGAUAUUUAUCCACUGUGCUCACCCAGUAGGUUGGUUAUAAGUCAUUAGUAAGGAUUAAGCUAUAAAUCCCUGUCUUCAUUUUAUGAGCAUAUGUAACUCACUGUUUUCUCUUCAAGUUUACUUAACGCUUUAAUGUAAAAAUUUUUAUGGUUGAGGCAGAGAGCUGACAUUUGGAAAGAUACUGAUAAAAAUAAAGGGCUAAUACACUUACCAGUUAUUCUUUAUUCCUAUUUGGAUCUUGGGAAAAUAUUUUUUAAAAUGUUUUAACAGAAGAAAUACAUAUUUACUGUAAAAAAAAAAGUAACAACGUAUAAGUUGUUUGUGAUCUUCUCACUCAGGGUAAUACUGUUAAUAUUUGGAUUACAUUCUUUCAAACAGUUUUCCUAUGUUCAUAUUUUACCAAAAUUAAAGAGUUUUGAUGUUUAGUUUGAUGAACUAUCCCAGGCAGCCUUCUUUGUAGAGUUAUGUUUCUCUACACCAUCAUUUUAAUUGGUCCAGUGUAUUUAGAAAUUUAAAGAACUUGAAUGUCUUGUUAAAAUUUUGUUCUGUUCCUGCAGUCUGUAACAUUACCAAUAUUUUUUUUUUUAAGAUUUUAUUUAUUUAUUUGACAGAGAGAGACACAGCGAGAGAGGGGACACAGGCAGGGGGAGUGGGAGAGGGAGAAGCAGGCUUCCCGCCGAGCAGGGAGCCCGAUGUGGGACUUGAUCCCAGGACCUUGGGAUCAUGACCUGAGCCGAAGGCAGACGCUUAACGAGUGAGCCACCCAGGCGCCCCCAUUACCAAUAUUUUGAUAGAUGGCUAAAAUAAGAGUUUGGUGGUGCAAGCUAGUGAGCUGAGAAUAAUUUUAAUCUGCUGCUCUAGACUUACAUCUAAAUAUUACUUCAACUCUGAUGGUUCCAGCCGAGGUACUCCCUGUUCUGGGUGACUCAACUGCAGAUACUGCUCAGAAACUCGAGGACCCAGGAUGGGGCAAGGAGAAAAGGAGAGAAGUCUGUUUUGUUUCAACAGCCAAUGUGCUUAGUUGUUUUACAGGUUGAAAGUUCUUAGAAUUAUAUUUUUACGAAAUAGAAGAUUCAAGAGGUGUUUGGCUUUUGAAAAUUAGAAGUUAUUUGGGGGGAACCAAAGCUUUAAAAAUCUGUUUUGACCGAUGCCAGUUUACAGCACAGAGGCAUGCAUAAGAAAUGUAACGGCACUGUUUUCCUUGAAGAAUAUCUGGAACCAGUCUAUGUGAUUAUUAAUAUUGCCUCUUCAUGAUGCAGAUCUGUUUAGUAAAUGUGUGUUUGUGCAUGAUCCUGUGUUUAGAACAAAUCUUGAAUUAAGGCCAUGGGGAUGGAAAGGAGUGGGAUUUGUUAGAGACACCGCGGGAGUUGAGUACGUGGGCUACAAGUGCUAAUGGAACAACAGGUGGAAGGUCAGAUGUAGUUGUUUCUGGGGGUUCAAGUCUGAGCUCUAGAAUAAUGGGGGUGUUGUUACUGAGAGAGGCAACAGGAUAAAAAAUAAACAUGUAAGUUUACUGAGAACAUCUUACUCAUCUUCGUUACUCAAAUAGCUGUUUAUAUGUAGUAAGACUCAAUUAUUCAUUGGGUUGAAUGGGUUCUAUCUUAGACAUGUGAAGUUUGGGAGGGGUACCACCCUUAUAAAUGAAACAUAGGUCAGGAAUUUGAGAAAAGAUGGGGGCUGGGACAGGUGUUUUUGUUUUAAAUCAGCUUUCAGAUAUAAUUUGCAUAUCAUACAAUUCACCAACUUAAAUUGUACAAUUUAGUGGUUUUUAGCAUAGUCACAGAGUUGUGUAACCAUCACCACAAUCAAUAUUAGGACAUUUUUAUUGCCCCCAAAAGAAACUCUGUUAGCAGUCACUUCCAGUUUUUCCAGCUCUCACUAAGGAACCGCUAAUUCACUUCCCAACUCCAUAGAUUUGCCUAUUCUGGCUAUUUUAUAUAUAUGAGAACUUAUAUGGUUCCUUGUAACUGGUGUGUUUUACUUACCAUAAUAUCUUCAAGGUUCAUCCAUGUUUUAUCACAAAUCAGUAUUUCCUUCCUUUUUACAGCCAAGUGAUAUUCCAUUGUACGGAUGUACCGCAUUGUUUAUCCAUUCAUCGGUUGAUGGCCUUAUAAGCUGUUUCCAUUUUUUGGCUAUUGUGAAUAGUGCUGCUCUGAACAUUUGUGUACUAGUUUUUGUGCAUAUAUACCUAGGAGUGGAAUUGUUGGCUCGUGUGGUCACCUAUACUUAAAGGGACAGUUUUGAGUCAUCCACAUAUAAAGACUGCAAAAACGAUGAGAUCAUCUGAAAAGUGAAGCCUGGGAGGCGUGUCAAGGAUUAAACUUUUGAGAACACUCAUACCUUAGUGGCAGGUAAGGGAGAGGAGCUCUUGAGCAUGUGGUGGCAAGAGAUCCAGGGAGCUGAUCUCCAUCAACAAACCUGCUCUUCUACAGUAUCCUUUCCUGCACUUACUCUUCUGGUCUGUAUGUGGUGUGAUAACCAAAAACUGGAUUGUAUCUGUUGUUGGGAAAGGGAAACUGAACCAAAUGAAAAUGAGGACCUCCUCCCCUUUUUUGGCAUCCAAUAGUAAUUCUACUUUAGCUGUUAACCCCCACAUGCACACACAGACACUAAGUGGCCUAAAAUCUAAAGUGCCUCUAAAAAUAUCCAGGAACUAGAGGAGAAAGGGGAAGAUUGUAGCUCCAGAAAGGAUACGUUUUUGUCAGCACCAUUUAUGAAAGUGUCUCAUUUGAUUCUCACCAUACUUCUGGACACAACAGUUUCUCUCUCCUUGCUGCUUUUUUGGAUCCAGAUUUUUUCAUCAGCUUUCCUGUGUUCUCUAAACUUAAUGGACCAACAGUCUGAUUUCCUAUAAUUUCUAGUAUUUAAAUUAGUACUGUCAUGUUAUAUACUUUUACCUUUGGGGAAGAGUCCUUCAAAACAUUAAGGACACCCAGUUUGAAAGCAUAGGAAUGUGCGUAAGUAAACUACCCACCACAGGUUGGAAAACCAGAAGAAAGGCAGAAUGGUCCAAAGUGAAAGGACCUGUCAUCUGUCCCGCCUCAGCCCCCAGCUUCAGUCUUGAUAGCACAUGUCAAUGGAUGGGAUCUUCUGUGCAAGGAGGAAAGGUUGUAAACCCAUGAAUAAUCAAGGAGCAGGUGCUUCUUGACCUGGAGGUAGAGCAAGUGCCUUUUGUAUAAGUGACGUAUGGGCUCCCCCCCAGAAAAUCAGGGCAGGAAUAGAGACAGGGUCCAAGGAAACUGGAAGGCAGCUAUGCUCACCACUAUACCACCAACGCAGCGUCCAAGGAAACUGAAUUGUAAAGAUUUACAUGGUGUAUUGGAGAGUCCCUCCUGCUCAGAAAUCUGAAUGUGAUCAGUGGAGAAAAGGGUGAACCAUUUGAUGUAAAAGACUUGACUCCAUAAUCUUCCAUCUGCCCUAAUGCUGUCAUCCGGAGUAGAGACUCAGCCAGUUCCACUUGAUUCCUCCAUGUCUGCCGUGGUACAGGAAUUAUACUCUGAACUCCCUGUGAGUGUCUCCAAAGAGCUUCAUGCUGACCCUGAGCCAAGUGUGAUUCCAGAUGUAAAACCUGGAGCCUCAAGCUCUCUUAUAAGUCAGAGUAGGGCAGUGCCCUUGGAGCUGCAGAGGACUCGUGCGGAAAGUUUUUGUGAAGAAACUUCUGGCGCCUUGGAUCAUGGGGGUGAGCCUGGGCGGUGUGGGCUGGUGGACUCCACAGCAGGAGGUUCUGUGGCUUCUGGGAUCUUGGAUAGGGAAGAGAAAACCAAGAGCAUGGAGCUAAAGGUCUUCAGAGAUCAAGGGGACCAGGCGGAAAUUGUAAGAGACCCCUGUGAGGGAGCAAAGGAAGACCCACAUCAACAUUCCACAGCUACUGAAGAAAAGAUCAGCCCAAGUCAGGAAGACCUCCUGAUGCAGUCAAGCAAAGAACGUUUAUGCACGGGCUUCCCUGAAGACUGUCUGAGGAGCAAAGGAAAUGUACAAAUUAAAACUGGAACUCUGCUAAAAUCUACUGAAGAAGUACAAGGUAUGAAGGUCAAUGGGACUAAGACGGAUUAUAAUGAAGGACACAAGAAUGGCAAUGUGAGUAAAGGUCUCUCAGCUGGGUGCAGCGAAUACCCAGAAAUAGACAAAAUCAUGACCAGUGGUGAGGUUUCAGAAACCAGCACAUUAGUUUCCCUAGAGCCUUUAACCUUUGUGGACCCUGGAUUAACAGAAGCAACUUCUAAAGAAAAAGAAUGUGAAGAAUUAAAAACUUGUCCUUCUUGGUUGUCAUUGUUACCAGGGAGCAGUGCCAUUUCCAAAGUGAACAAUGGGAAGGAAGAGGUGUGUAAGUUAAACCUUGUCUGUGAAGCAGAUGACAAUCACCAACAGAUUCUCAGCCACCAUAAUGAAAAACACAGUUCUGCCCAUGGCAGUCCCAAAGCCACGAGAAAUGUAGUUGUUGUAGAACCCUUAGAAGAAAACUCUGGCAUUUCAUAUUUCUCAAGUUUGUCUGGUCCAGAAUCCAGGACACCAUCCUUAGAAACAAGUGGUUUUGAAGGUGAUGGCUUGCCAAAGGGAUCUGCUGAAAAGACAGACAAUUCCUGUUUUGAUGGAGAUGGUCAAAGCAAGAACGUGGCUACUAGAAAAGAAAAUGAACAGUUUUUGAACCCCAGGAGUGAAAGAGGGGAACUCUUUCUUGUUAAUGCCAGGCAACCAGAAGAGGAUGCUAGUGGUCAUUGUCCUGGUGAAAAAGAGACUGUUGCCGCCCCCAAAGAGAAUAUCCAUGGUAACUCUUGUGUUCAAGGCAGUAUCCAUACAGACAGCCCUAGUUCUUCAGUGCCUGGUUCUUUCACUGAAGCCACAGAAGUAAUGUUAAAAAAAAAUUAUCUGAAAAUCACUUUAGACAUUCAGGGUAGCUUGACAAACCAUGAGGACCAUAGAGAAACUUCUACUGAUAUGAGCCAUUCAGGCAGACACUCUGAAGAGAGCAGUUUUUCCUCCUUAAUGCAGAUUGAAGAGCCAGAACAGACAACCACUAUAGAGGCCAAUAUGGUAACUGAAAAGAUUUACAGUAAAGACUCUAACUCAUUCCGCUCCCAGAGAAAUCUGGAAGACGACACCCAGUUAAGUGAAGCAUCCUAUAAUGAAUUUCUGAUUGAAAGAAAAUCCCUUGUGAGUUUAAAGCGUGAGGACCAGAUAAGUCUUAUGAAUGAGAUAUCAAAACCCAAGAAAGAUAUUGCUCAGUUACCACCAUCCCUAGAAUUUGAUUACAAACCUGAGUCAGAACAAGCUAUACAGACCGCACAGGAUGAUAGUUCACAUUUAGAUGAACAGAACAUAGCCUGUGAGAUGAAUAAACUUCCUUGUACCAAUGAAUUGGUUUUAAACAAAAUAGAAAGUGAAUGUGUUUUAAAUCAAGUGCCCCUUAAUUCUCAAGACCACGCGAAGUUGCCAGCUAACAAAGAGAUGCCUUUAGCAACAAGCGAGGAUUCCCAACAGAGCCAUCACCCUCCAUUAGAGGAUGGAGCAGAUGUCAUUGCUCAUACCCAAACUGUUCCCAUGAAGACAAAAAUGAAAGACAUCGCUCCAUCAGGUGACAAAUCCUGUGGUGCCUCUUCAAACAACCCCACCUUAAACAUCAAACCAGGAAGCCUAGAAAGGAAAAACGAACUGGCUGAUUCUGGAAUAGUCGAUCUACCUUCCAGACUUCUCUCAAGCAAGAAAGAAGCAGCAGGCUUGCCUCAAGAGGUCUCUGUUAUGGAAUGUCAAAGUGUUCAAUCUCAGGAUCUCUCUAGCUGUCAUUGUGUAAAUAAAAAUGCGCAAGAAAAGAGCGUGUGUUCUGCUUAUGCUGCUUUUGAGUCCAGCAGAAUCAUCCCAAAAGUUGAAAACUCUUUGUUGACCAAGUGUGAAGAUGCAUUUCAGCACAGCAAUCACCACUCCCAAGGAAGAGAAGACUCCACAGAAAGUAGCACGCAUAAAGUGAGUUACACAUCAGAGGGAAGUGAACUUGCUGAGGAAGAAACUAAAGGCAGCCUCCCAGGAGAUAAGAUGCGAAAUGAAAUGCCAGGAAGCGUAUUAAAUAGUGAAGCUUCAGACAAGACCAUUCCCACCACCAGUCACACCCAGCCCAGUGAGGAAUGGUUGGAAGGAAAGGAACAGGAUGUACCUAAAGAGACUGUGUUUUGCAAGUAUAACAUCUCUGACUGUGUCACAUCAGAACUAAACUUAUCUGCAAACAUUCCAAGCCCUGAAAAAUUGUUGGACCAGUCUCUAACUGUUAUGCUCUCCAGUUUCAAAAGCAUAAGCCAAGCAGUUGAAACUCUUGAUCAGAAAACAGAUAAAGUCCUUGACUGCCAGAGUAACCAAAAUAGACCAGAUGAAGGCAGAAAUGAAGAUAAACCAGCUAAGGAGACACUAGAUGGUGACAAGAGAGAGACUGUCACAGAACCUAACAGAGAGGUAAGCCACAACCAAAAGGAUCUGCUAGUUAGUUCAGCCAGUAACAACCCAUUGUCCAGUGGUAGUUCAAAGAAAGGCGAUUUGAAAGGAGACUCUGAACAUAUUUCUGUUUGUGAGGAGUCCACAGAUGGCAUGGUAGACAUCAUCUACACGAACUGCAGUAAUGAGUCUACAGAAGGCAUGUUAGACUUAAGAGCAUCUAGUACCCUUGACGGUGGUGCAGGGCAAGAUGGACUGACAUUACAGGAAACCUCAGUGAGUACUCUUUCUCAGAGAAGAGAACUGAGUGCUGCAUUUAUCAAAAUGAUUGGCCAGGACUCAGAUUUCCCAGAUGCUACUUCCUCUACAGGGGAGCCUCUGGAAAUUAAAAAAUCAUGUGAAGAGAAAGUAUGCAGAUCAUUAAAAGAUUGUGAAAUGGAAAUGUGUACAGACUCUUGUGCCCAUGAGCUAGAGUCUAUUGCAGAUCAUGAACCAAAUAUAAGAACAUUGGGUAGAGUAAAUGUGUCCUUAGAUUAUAGUCAUCAUGAACAGCUAGUUAAAGAAGCAUCCCUUAGAGAAACAAAAGGAAUGAUCGAAGGAUCAAGACUGGAAAUAAUUUCUGAGUUUGACAAGGACAAUACCUUUGGAAGUUCCUCAAAAGAGUUGCUGUCUUCUGGAUGCCCAAAUGAGAACCCUGUUCCUGUAGGGAGCCUGAAAUCCAUUGAGAUAAUGCCUUCGUAUCUGUCUUCUCACAAAAAUUCAGAAAGUAAUGUUAAUAGUGAAGAAACUGACCUGAAAAAUCUUUUUAAACCGAAAGAUGGUGAAAUGCUUUGUGAAAACGUGGAGCACCACACAGUCCUGCUUGAGAAGAAGGAAGGAGAACCAGGGGAUGGGAGUAAUUCUGGUAAAGGAGUCAGAAUAGACAUUGGUAUGCAAAAUUUGCCUUUGACAAUGGAAACAGAAACUAAGUUGAGAGGAGAAAAAACUGAAGAACAUCAGAGGGGACCCAUGGGUCACGUAACUGUCAGGGAAGAGUCUGAGGAGAUGAUUACCAGAGAGGCUGGUCAUGGUGAUAAAGGAAGAGAGAUUUUUCAGUCCCAUUCUAAAUCCCAGAGGAUGCUUGCUGAUCUUGAAGAGCAACAAAGGCAGAGGGCUUUGGACUACAUGUUGCAGAAUGAAGAGGAAUAUAUCCAUCAAAAAGAAGCAUACACGAUAUUGGAACAAUGUACAUCAUCUGACAUUUUACCAGAUGAGCUGAAAGAUAAGAACCAAGCCAAGUAUUGCAAAGGUGAGUCCACCAUGAUGAAGAAAAUCACCCUGGCACAGCUGGCCACGGGCGGCGGUGCUGCACAGUUCCGAAAGUUGGAGGAUCCAUUAAAAAGGGCCAUGGAGUCGUACACAGGCCCUUGCCUUCGUGUUGCCCCUCAGAAAGCACAAGACCCCAACUCUGCUGGGUGUGGUGAAAUACACGGUGCCUUUGGGAACACUUCACACCAGAAAAGAGUGCUUCCCUUAAAGAAGCAGCCCCAUCGAACAUGUAAGAAAGUUUCCUGUCAGGAGCAACUCAAGAUGGGGAAAAAAAUAAGUAAAAUCAGAAGUUCUGCCUUUUUAAAGAGUUCCUCUGAAACCAUCCCCACAAAAGCACACCGAUUUCUCAGUUCGUGUGCUGUGCCUGCACCCGCACAAUCGGAACCCGGAACAGAACCAGCCAGGAGCUUAAUGAGCCACAUACCAAAGCAGAAGGUGACUCCGUGCCAUCCCUUGAGGAGCCUGAAUGUUAGGAAGCCUACCAAAGAAUCAGCCUUACUCAGCAAGCUGUCCAUUCUCGCCUCCAAACUGGUCCCAGCCACAAAGACCCAGAAACUAAGAUACCGGCGUUGUUCCUCGGAACUUCUUCCAGUGGCUAAAAGCUACAAGCGGCUCAGAUACAAAAGGCUUCUGGAUGGCUUUUCAUACAAUACAAUGCAGCUAAAUCCAUAUUUGGCAGCUAGUGGAUGGGAUAAGAGACCCAACAGUAAGCCCUUGGCACUUUAUUCGCUAGAAGCCAUCAAAAUGAGCUUCAUAGAUUUGAGCAACAAGGUGCCAUCACUGCUGUUUGGUUCCGAAAUUUUCCCGGUAUCUUUUCACAUGAAAUCGGGCUCUGAGUGCAUGACCGAGUCCCCAAGGACUUUUCCUGAGCACUGUGCUCCAGCCAGGCUCACCUUAGGAGAGGCCCCCAGGUGCCUGUCUCAGCCUCCCAAGUGGACCUUUUCUUUCUUCUUGUCCCACAGUUGUCCUGGGAUGGCCACAUUCAGGGAAGACACUGGCCUCCAUGGUCAGGCAUGUGCCCAGGCUCCUUCACAGUCUCCAGGUCCUCUCCAAGACUAUGGAGGCACUGCCAUAGUCCAGACCAGAGCAGGCUGCUCUGUUCUUGGCCUUCACACACUUCUAGCACUUUGUUCUCCUGGAUGUUACCGAAUCUGGACAAAAAAACGGAGCUUCUCUAGUCACAUGCCUACCAUGCAGAGGCUCUUCAUGACCCAGUUUACACAGGGCUUAAAAGGGUUAAGAUCUCCAGCCUCCAUAGCAGACAAGGUCUUCUGUUCUCUUCCCUACUCGGUGGGCCGAGUGCUAUCCAUUUGGAGCCAGCAUGGGCCUUCUGCCUGCCCCUUCGGAAUCUCUCCUCUUCAUUCCACUCACGGCAAGUGGCAGCCGACUCUGAGCACCACGAGCAGCCACACCAUGUUACCGUAUGUGCCUCUUCCAGGCAUGGAAGCUACUUAUAAUACCAGUGGCAGUCAGAUGAGACUAGAGCCUCCAUUCCCUGCCUUGGUACCAAAGUCUUGCUUGGUAACAGACUCAGCUGUCAGCAAGCUCUUGCUUUCAGCCUCCGAGUUCCAAGUUCCUGAAUUUGAUGAGCUGGAUACUGUGGCAGCGGCAUGCCCCCAUCCACAGAGCAGCCCUCCAGAACAGAAAGAGGCUGAGCCAGAGAAGAGGCCAAAGAAAGUCUCACAGAUUCGUAUCCGGAAAACCAUUCCUAAGCCAGACCCUAAUCUUACCCCCAUGGGCCUUCCUCGACCCAAAAGGUUGAAAAAAAAGGAGUUUAGUUUAGAAGAAAUCUAUACCAAUAAGAAUUAUAAGUCUCCUCCUGCAAAUAGGUGUUUGGAGACCAUCUUUGAGGAACCCAAGGAACGAAAUGGUACGCUAAUCUCAAUCAGCCAACAGAAGAGAAAACGAGUUCUAGAAUUUCAGGAUUUUACCGUCCCACGAAAGAGGAGAGCUCGUGGUAAGGUCAAGGUGGCAGGCAGCUUUACCAGGGCCCAGAAGGCAGCUCUGCAGAGUCGAGAGCUGGAUGCUCUGUUGAUAAAGAAACUAAUGGAAUUGGAGACCUUUUUUGCCAAGGAAGAGGAGGAGCAGGAGUGACCAUCUGGUUGUUGAGAAGCAAUUCGGUUUGGGGGUCUCGAUUUUAGAUUUUCCAGGCUCCUUGGAAGAGGUUGCCUAAUUUUGCCCUACCGCCCAAACCACUCAGAAUGCAGUCCAUGGAUUUUUACCUAUUUUGAGGUGCAACCUUUUUAGGAAAUGGUGAAGGAGGGUCCUCUGCUUCUACUGCUGAGUACUGAACCUCAGGAAUGCUCCCUUUCUCCUGGAAAUGGUCCUGAAUGACAUCUGGCCUCCUCCCCUCACUCGCCAUCCUCAGGAGGAGGACACAGCACACGUUCAGUAACACUAGGAUUCCAAGGACUCACAGCAUUUGCACGUCUGUGUGAAAGUUCUGCGUUGUUUACGGUGGUGCUAGACCAAGAUUAUUUAGAGACGUGGCCUAGGGAGGGGGACCUGGCGUCCUGUCCUGUGUGGUCUCACCGGCUCAUUUCGGUAGUUGAGGAAAGAUGAGCUGUUGUGUUUCCUAACCUUUGAGUCCGUCUGCCCAGAACUGUGUGUGUGUGUGUGUGUGUGUGUGUGUGUGUGUGUGUGUGUGUGGCUUCUUCCCAUGAUUUUCUCCCCUCUGUGACUGUGGGUCACUAGUGCCAGAGGAGCCCGUCCAGGCCCCAUUCGAAGUAAGUUGCACUUUUUAAUGUUGUGGUGUUGAUUAUUUUCAUUUGUUUUAUUUCCUUUUUUUUUUUUUUUUUUUGUAUUAUUGCUGCAUGUUUGGAGCCUUUAAAUGUGAUUUUAAAACAAUUUUUUUAAGACAUCAAGGAGAAAGACAAUACACGUCUUCAGAAUAUAUGACAGGCAUUUGACCCAGUAUAUCAGUGCAUAGUAUGGGACAAUGGAGAGACAUUUUCCCAUCAUGUGUUUCAAGCAGCCCCUUCCCCAUGUCCACCUUCAGUGUAACCAUUAGAGGGAGUCCUUUUUCAUCUGGGUUCUCAUUCUUGCUCACUAAGUUGAUGUGUUUAUUUUAAUGAUGGAAGUAAGAGCAGGUUUUCCUCCCAACCAUUUAAAAAAUAGGAACGUUGGGUGUGGUCUUAAUGGGUUUUAUCUGAAGUGGUAGCAUAUAACAAAGUUGGGUACAACAGCUCAGGCGGUGAUAAAGUCCAGCCCAGAGUGUUCGCAGCUGUCAGAGCAACUUGCUCCAAAAGUGGGGAGUGAGGACGUGGUUCAGGCCCAGUGAUGCAUCCUUGCAGUGGGAUCAUGAAAUUCCACCGCCAGCCCUCUCGGAGGACACCAUCUUAUUGGGGGAGCUCCUGUGUCAAAUUGGAAAUUUUCCUGGAAGUUUUGUGGAGUGCCAGAGUUAGUGGAGUUCCUUCAUCCGGGCCCGCGGGAGUCUGUGGGCAGAAGGAUGCUGUGUGGAUCAACCAGGCCCAGAGGUGUCAUUCCUUUUCCAUUUAACUCCUGUGUGCCCUUGCCCUGCUUCCCCCGACCUCCUUCCCUUGUGUUUUAUCUUUCUUUCUCUCUUGCUCUCAAAACAAAAGUUCAGAGAACUAACAUUCCUUGGCUGGUAAGUGAGAUGCUACACCCAGCCUCAGGACACUGGUCACCUCUUCCCAUUCUCCUAAGAGCCACUGCUGGGAAGCAUCCACCCAUGGAGACUGUCAGAACUCCAGAGAUAUUUUCAAAGCCAGUCUGUUAGGGAAGAGCGAGUGGUGCCGUCCUGGAGUGUGUCUCCUAGGGUUCCUUUGUCUCCCCAUUUGUGAGUGGGUGGGGAGAUGGGGCGGGGGUGGGGGGUCUCUAUGUGCCUUUCCUUUGCAGGUUGACAGUCUGUGCCGCACUGGAGCAGAAGAACUGACAUGAGCAAGAAAAAAAAUAAAAGUGCCACAUCUGUCUUCUAGGCCCACUGCCUCAGACAUAGCAUUUAGUAAGUGAAAUACAUACCUGGUGACCCAAGGAGGCUUCUAAGGCCAUGGCCAAAUAGCAUUAGAAGAGAGCCACACUUCCACACUGGCUCUGAAUGAUGUGAACUAGAUUCCGUCGUUCUACAUCCGCUUUGCCCAGACUGUAUAGACACGACCUGUGUUUCACCUCAGUACCUCUCCCUUCCUGGGACAGGGUCCUUAGACACUAAAUGCUUCUCUCUGUCUUUUUGCCUAAAGGAGUGGGAUUAGUAAUCCAUUGCACCCUCCAACAGAGAUUUUUAGGGAGUGUUGCUGGACAGCAUGCAAACUCCCAGCAACUCAACAGAGCCCUGUUUGCCAGCUCCGUUGCCAGUGUAGAUGAGUCAGCAGUGCGGCAGCCGUGUCAUCCGGCAGACUGAGGUUGAGUGGGCACAGCUGUGGCAUCACCACCAUUACAGAGACACAAUUUCAAGUUCGCCCUUUAUAGGCAUGGCACUUGGAAGAGCCAGGAGCAGUGAUGUGGAAUGUUGGAGGCAUGGAGGAGGUGGAGGCCUGGGCUCUCUCCUUGUCCUGGCCAUGUGGGAGAGAAGCAGCUCUGAGGCGGCCCUGACUAUCCUUGAAAUUCUUGGCCCGCCCCCUGACUAAGGGGCCUUCCCCUGCUCCCAAGUUAAGAAGGGGCCCCCAUUGCAAACUUGAAAUUGCUUGCCUGAAGUUGAUACAUCAAGUUCUAGCCGCACUCAGCCACACCUGUCUUAGCAUCCAUUGUCGUCAUUGGCCUGGCCAGCUGCAACGCUCUGUGGCCCUCGGAGCCUGUGGAAGCUGCCCACUAUGGGAGGUGUUAGUCGGCCGCUGGCACCCCACCUGCCCAGAGCUACUGGAGGUCUGCUGCUGGGGGCUGGUACAGUUUCUGAGUAUGGGGACUUCCCACCCCAAGUGGUGGGAACUUACAAUUAACUAUAAUUUACUCAGCUAUAACUCAACUCCAGAGGUUUAGUGUUUUUAAUAUGGGAAAGAGAGGAGAAAUCUCAGGUCCAAUCAGGGUUCUGCCCAUCAGCUUUUCACUGAAACUUCAAAUGUGGGUUGUUGUUUUUUCAUCUUUCAAUUUAUAGCUAUAUUUGCCCCUCAUCUGCUCCCCACCCACUUUCCCCUUCUCUUUUGGUCACCUUUCCAGCUUUAUUUCUCCAUUAGUUUAAAUUUACCUCAUCACCUAUUCAAGCAAAUUAUGUCCACUUUUUCUUAGUGACCUUACUCUAAGAGCUACAGCUGAGGGAGGUACAGUGGAAAGACAUGUAGCGUUUGCCUUACUUGGAGCCUGAAGAGCUUAGAAACUCAUGCUGUGAAUCCCAAAACUCAGCGCUCCUUCAAGAGCUGUGAAAAUCAUGACACUUUGUCACAGUUUUGCCUGAAAGGGUCUUUUGCGUGGGCACCAGAGCCAACCUGAGGUAAAUUCCAGAUCCUACGCUCUGGGCAUGAUCCCUCCCCCCAGGGCUCACUCCCUGCCCACCAGACCGAGAGCAUGUAGGGGAUGCGGGACCGGGGCAGCAGAGCCAAGGCUUUGGUGCAGCCUAAUGGAACGCACAGCCAGCGCUCCGUCCCCAGGCUGGGAUUCCAUCUCAUAAUACCAUGUACGGUAAGAUCCACGGAAGACCAACUUUUAGUCAGUGAUACUUUUCUCCCAUCACCUGAGGGAGGAGUAUGCAGUUGGUGCUUUCUUAAAUUCCCUUGUUUUGUUUUUUUUGUUUGUUUCGGGAAGCUUUUCCCCUGGUAUCAUGGAAAGGACCUUUUAAACACCACGUUGUGGGUGGCUGUAUCCAAAGUCUAAAUAAUUGGCCAGAGGUAUGGAGUAGCCUUUCCUGGAUUCAUGCAAGGGAAGAGCUCCUUACCACAACUGCACUCAUUAAUGUAAACAGCUGGCUUCGGAGGAAGGCUUAGUUUUAUGAAAAUCAAAGUUUUAUAUUAUCUAACCACAAAUUGAGCAGCAAACGCUAAUUUGAUUAUAAAGUGAGGGUCCCCACAUAGCCCGCCAUCUAGCACGGUAUAUACUCAGAUUUGAUGGCUUGUUCGUUGUGUGUCUUCAUGAGCCCCUCCCUGGUGCUGAAUUGGAUCUGAAUUCUUGGCGAGAGACCUCAGCAUCUCCUUGGGCAGGUCUGGGCCAGUAAAUAGCUGCCUGAAGUGUUUAUAUAUUAUCAUGGUCAAUAGUUCAGUGAAAUUUGUACAUUUUUGGUAACAUUGGCAUACAAGAUGCCCCUGCAUUUCCUUUUCUGUUUGGUAGUUUGUGACUCUAAAAUUCCCACUGUUAUGUGUGUUAAUUUAUGAAAAUAAAUUUUUUUUUUUGAAAACCU